UUGAAAAAAUAAAUCUUUUUUAUCGACUGAGACUAUUUACAAGUGUCUUCAAAUUAUAACAGGUGGAAGCACAAUAUUAAAGUUGCAUUUGUGUUUAUAACAAAAUCUCAAAUAUUUAAAAAAUGCAAAUUUUAUUUUUUAAAAAUUUGAAUUUUUUAAACUUUACGAUCAAAUAUUUUAUAUAGAUAAUACAUUACUUAUGUAAAUAUCUAAAUGUAUCAUAUUUUAUAAUACAGUUUAAGGUAAAAUUAAAAUAAAAUCCUAUUAUUUUCAAUGCAAUUAUAUGAAUGCUCUGUAAAAUUUUUGCAAGAUUGCGAAUUAAUGUGCAAAGCUUUUUUACUUGGAUUAUUUUUUAUCGAAUUUUUUACUAAAACAUCUAUGUAAUAUUUAAAAAAUAAGUUAUUAUAUAUAUUUUUUUCAAAAAUUCUCUGAUGGAAAAAAAGAAAUCACUGCACCUGACUCACCUGGGCGACACAUAUAGCGUUAUAUUAUAUUGUACAUGGAGGCUGUGGAUAGAAAGCUAAAGGAGCGCCUUUUAGUUUAGUAUGUGAUCGUUGCUAGUGAUAAUCGAUCUUCGUGUCGAAUGUGUCUUUUGGAUUCAGGUCAUUUGACCUGAUGCUCAACACACUAUGGAUCAUUAUAAACAGAUAUUUGUCUAAUUAUAAGAAUAUUCGUUGGACUUGGAAGAAAAAGGAAAAAACAACUAUUAAUUAUAUAAAUAUAUAUAUAAUGGGACAAGCAUGGUGUAAAGCAAAAGCUGCUCAAGAUCCAAAAUCACCUUUUGACAGAAUUUUGGUUCGAUGUGCUCACCGGAUAUAUCCUGGCCUGAAGGAAGAGUGUUCAGUAUUGGGUGCUACCCAAAGGGUCACAAGUUCGGAAAUAGGUUAUGCAAGAGGUUGCAGCGUAGAUUCAACGGAUAAACCUUUUCACCCUAGCGAAUGGGUUGACGUUAAUCUUGAAGUAUCCAACACUAUUCUCUAUUCAAAUUCAAAUUUGACAAAAAAUAUAAUAACACCAAUACCUCCACCAAGAAAAAGAAAAAAAAUCAGAGGUCGACCAUUACCACCAAAACCAGAUGAUAUCAUUGAAAAUCAUCGUCCAAUAAAAUGUCUCUCAACAAAUUCAGAACCUUUGUAUUCUUCAGUAAAAACACAAAAUUUCAAAACUACUUAUACUCAUCUUGAACCAACUGAAAAUAAUUUAAAGGAAAAAAAUUCACACUCCUUUGAAGAUUUACAAAAAUUAAAAGAAUCGUACGAUCAUGAGCAGGUGAAUAGCACAAAGGAGUUAAUUCCAAACGACGUAGUUGUGUCCGAAGAAGAAAGAAGCUUUAUCGAUAAUCGAAACGUCAGGAGGCGAAGUAAACUUCAAGAGGAGGAGGAGGAGAAGCAGGAAUAUGAUGAGAGAUUCUUGAGUAGUCAAUCGAUUCAAAACUUUUCAACUACAAAUCAUUUCAACAAGGAUCACAAGGAUAUAGUAAAUAAUCUGGACGUAUACAAUGAAAGAUCAAAGAAUAAUAGUACAAUCAGUUUACCAAAUUAUAAUGAACUCCAAGUCACUAGGGAGAGUUAUAAUGAUAAUAAAAACAACUCAGAAAAUGAGAAACAAGUAUCAUCUGAAAGACUUUUGAGAAAAUCAAUAGCAAGCUCAUUACCACCUGAAACAUUUAUAUUUAAUCCGAAGAUUACAAAUGAAAAAUUUGAGGAUAUUGUAUGGCAAGCAGACUUUCAAGAUGUCCAAAUCAAUAAAUUUGAGAAUGAUAAAUUUAUGAAUUUGAAUAAAAUUCAAUCGGAGGAUGCAAAUAAUCAAGAAAGAAUGGAAAAAUCCCCUUCAAAGAUAAAUAUUUCUCCUAAUUAUGGAAGCUUAAAUUCCUUGGAGACUUCGAUAUCUGAACAAAUAAAAGCCUCAACUCCAAUCAAAACAGUCAAUGAUGAUAUAUCAAAAAAAUUGGAAAAUUCUAGAUUGCUUGAUUCAACUGAAAGUAGUCACAGAGAGAAAAAUAAAGUUGAAGAUGACUCGAGAAAUUCUUUCUUCUCGCCUGACACAUCAAAUUUGUACAGUCAAGUUUUUUACGAGGUUAAAGAUACUUUAGCAGAUGAUAGUAAAUUUUCUCAAGAAGAAAUCAGAAAUUCAGAAAUUUUGAAACAAAACGAAAGAGAGGAAAAGGAGCUUGUACUUGAUUCGGAAAUUCAUAGAACCAUUUCUGAAGAGUCGUUACCAAUAGAAAUGCUUGAAGCUGUCGACAGUGAUUUAGAUAAAGCAGAUGAUGAUGAUUUUUUCGAACGAAAAACAACUAAGGAUGUACAAAACAGAUUAAUGAAAAAUUUCGUUUCAACUGAAGACAAAAAUAGUAAAGAAAUCAUAAACACACCACCAUCGAGUCCUGUAACUAAAAUCAAAGCCGAUGUUGUUGAUAAUGAUCAUUCAGCAUUAUUAAAAGUACUUCAAGAAGAAGCUAGUCUUUUAGAACUUGAAAUUGCACUUUCAGAUAUGCUCGAGAAAAAAAAUGAUGAACAAGAUGAAGAACAAACAGAUUCAUUAGAAAUAAUAACAAUAAAAAAUGAUGAUGUGACAAAAUCAGAGGAAAAAUUAAUAGAACCUGUAGACAAAGAAAAAAUAUUUAUUGACAAAUUAAAACAUAAAGAUGAAAAUAAAUUGCAAAAUAUGGAAAAUAGUAACAAAUCAUCUAAAGAUAGAGUUAAAAUUGUUGCAGUGGAAUUAAAAAAUAAUAAUACUUUAGAAAAGAAGAAAGAAAUUUUACAUGAUUUGUCAAAAAAUAAUGUUAACAAUAUUUUGAAUAAUGCAUUAGAUUCCAAGGCGUAUGAGAUGGAAAAUAGUCAUGGGGACGAGGCACCUGAGAAACCAAGUAGAAUGCAUCGAAUAAACGUAACGAAUAAUUCAGUUGAAAAUUAUGAUGAUAAUGUGCCAACACCACCGCGAAGAAGACAUCGAAGUGGCUCGAGUAUUCUUAAGGAAAAUGUUUGUCGACCAACAAUAAAAAGUAAAAAUGAAGAUCCUUAUAUCAAUGACAGACUUAUAUAGAAGAAAAACAAAACAUGUUUUAAUCAUUUCCUAAGCUUUUGCACAAUUUCCACGGUUUGCUUCAUACAUAAAAAUCGCUGAUUCUUAUUGUCUUGAUUUCUUUUUUUGAUAUAUGUACAAUACUGCCGUACGAAGUAAAAACUUAGUUAACUCAUAUUUUGGCGAAAAAUGAGUUUUUGGUAUCAAUGGAUUCGUAAUAAAAAAACGCGUCUGAUGGUAUUAUUAAAAAAUUUUUAUUUAAUUAUUUAUUGCAAAAAAAUAAUUAUAAAAAAUUGUCGAAAACCCAGAAAAUGAAGAAAUACUACAUAAAAAGUAUGCUAACUCGAGUUAAGGAGUCCGAAAGUCGUAGCUCGAGCAUGAUAUAAGAAACAAAAACUCAGUCAACUCGAGUUGAGUAUUUUUGCUGUCAAAAACGUAGUCGAAUUUCAUGCAUAGUUUCGAAACGAAAACCUUAACUCGAGUUAAGUGAGUAUUUAUUUCGAAAAGUGGCGUGAGCUAGACCCUGUGUUUCGAAAGCAAACUCCUCAACUCAACAUCGUUUAACUUCGGUUUCUCGUCGGGUUGGUUCGGAAUCUCGCGUGCUAUGAUCAUGCCGGUUUGUUAUUCUUGCAAAUAAUGCACCGGCUUUUUAGAAAAAGUUUACUUUAGAAAAAAAUAAAUAAGUGAAUAAGUGAAAAAAAAAACGAAAAAAAUACAAAAUUUUCUUUGAUUUUUUUUACUUUUAAAAAGUUUAAUUAAUAGUUUUUUACUGUUGAUUAUUAUAUAAAGACUGUUGUAGUAAUUAUAAACAGCUGUUGUAAGUUAUUUGAAUAUUAUAAGCAAAUAUAAUCAAUGUUUUUCCACUAAUAACGCCGUUUUUUCAUACAAUCCUUCUACACAUUUUUAAUUGUAAUAAAUUUUAUACUGAAACAUGUUGAUUAAAAUUUAAUUUUUAAAAAAAUAUUAAUAAAUAAUAAAAUAAUAAAAAAAUAUAUAAAUUAAAUAUAAUAAAAAUAAUCUUUGUUAAUCACAAUCAGAAUAAAAUUUAACUCAAAAACAAAUUUUUUAUAAUGUGUAUUUAUUCCCCCACCUCGCGUGCUAGCUUGAGUUAGGUGAGUUUUUACUUCUGAGCGGCGGCUCGAACUCGCCUACCUUUUCGGAAAGCACUCCUUAACUCGAGUUAACUAAGUUUUGCUUGUGUAAAAAAACACUUAUCUCAAUUAUUUAAUAUAAUUUGUUUAAAUAAUCAAUUUUUGACAACGGAUUUAGAAAGAACUCUAUUUAUUUACCUAGAAAGUGAAGUUAGAUUAAAGAAUUAUUUAUAUUAUAUUAGGUUUUUUAAGACAAACAGUCUUUCAUCAUUUUCUCGGUUUCACGAAAAUAUGAGUUAAGUAAGUUUUUAUUUCGUACGGCAGAAUAUGUGUAAUAUAAUAAAGUGUAAUAUAAAAUUAAUUAAGAAAUUACAUACAUAUAAAUAUGUGAAUGGGUGAUGAUCUUGUGUAAUUUAAUUUAUUCCAUUUAUCAUAAUUUUAUCCGUAAGUAAUUAUAAUCGCAUAUCUGUAAACUUUAAUCUAAAAUAAAAUAUUUAAAAAAAAACAUUCUUAUUAUAAAACAAUAAAUCUAAUAAUAAAAUUUUUAAAAAUAUAGCUUUGGUGAUGCUGCAUCGAGCAAUAAAAUUAAUCUUCUCUCGAGCCAGGAAGAUGGAGAAUAGAAAAAGAAAAGAAA